UUGGACAGUAUCAUCAUAUACUUAUGUUUCGUGUAGAUGCUCCAACUGUGACGGUACGUGAGACGAUCAUCUCGCAUAAUAAAACAGUCAGAGUGAUUUGUGAAGCCAACGGGAAUCCUGCAGAAUAUACUUUCUCCAAUUUCACACACAGCCGGAAUGGUCAUUCAAUCGGAGAGCUGGAAGGGGCACAUGCGGAGCCAAAUAAAUACGUCCUGACCAUUUCCCCCUACAGCUACAACGAUACUGGGACAUACCAAUGCACAGUGUCAAAUGGCAUAGCAGGAAUAAAUAAUGCCACAAAUCAAACAGGAAACAUAACGAUUACUAUUGAAAUGGAAGCAAUGGAAGCAACGGAAGAUACAUUACCCAGAGAAAUACUAAUCCUCGUUGCUUCUGGUGUAGCUGGACUUGCGAUUCUAUUGACCAUAGUUGUGGUCGCCUGCAUCAUCAACAAAAGAGCAAAUUCAGCCAAAGAUCAAAUAAUGGAAGAUAUCAAUAUAUAUGGACGAGGGGCGGAAGGACCUAGUGUAAGCUUCGGACAUGAAGACAUCAGCGAUAUGUACUCAGUCGUCCACAAGGAUGGAAAUAUUGCAGGCGAUAACGUCAACGCAAACCCUCCCAACGAUGAAAUCACUUCCAUGUACUCAGUCGUCAACAAGGAUGGCAGGAAUGCAGGCAAUAACGUCAACACAAACCCUGCAGAAGGCGACAUUUCUUCCAUGUAUGCAGUUGUCAACAAAGGGCACAGAUCUCGGGCUGAGGACGAGAACACAAUGGCCGAAGACGAACUCAGUUCUACGUAUGCUGUUGUUAAGAAGACCAAGAAGUCGGGAGACAAAGCAAAGAAGGGCAAAAAGGCGAAGGCCACUCCUGACGAUGGUGCAGUUGACAUUUAUGCACAGGUCGACAAGACGAAAACGAAAGGGAAGAAGCAAACAUCUGCGGAACAGAACGAUGAAACAGAGCCUCAAGCUGUGGGGAACCUGAACACCCAGGCACCAUUCUGCAGUGUCUAUGAAGCUAUCUAAAUAUGUCAACAAUAGAUAAAAAAAAUGUGUGUAUAAUAUUUGUAAAGAUUUAAAAGUAAUGCACACAGUUCCCAUAUACGAUUGUCCCCGAAGUUGAUGAUAUAAUGAGAUUCAGUGAGUAUAACUGGCUAAAAUGCCACACUAAAAUAUUACACAAUAUAGUACAUCAGGAUAAGUGACAAUAUUCAAGCGUCUGGGUUUGUUUGUUUUUUCAAGUUGAAAUGUAGACAUUUAUAUAGGUGGGUAACUAAAUAGACAAACACAUUGGCAAUCGGUCGGACUGACGUCGGACAAAUUAAUAAUGUAUAAAUGAUUACAUUUUACAUUGCAUUUUCUUUAUAAUAUGGACUAAUAUUUAUAUCAAUAUUUGUAUAUAGGACAUAUAUUGCGUAUGUCCACAACAUAUCCCAUAUUCACUUAUUCAGUUAUAUGACUACGUAUGCAAUAAUGUCGUAGACAUUUACCAAUAGAAAACUACCACAUGCAUUAAGCAAUAAAUAAAUCAUCAAUAUACAAGUUCCUAUAGAUCUCAUGACUGUAUAACUGACAUAUAGUCACCACUUCAUGCUCCAGUUGGGAUCCAGGCGUAGGGUAAAAUCCAGUGUACAGCAACUGAGUACAAUGACUCUAUUUGUAUUUAGUCGUGGACACGUGCUAUUUUUCUACAGCUGUGUGUCUUUGAAGAGUAGUGUCAUAAAUGAGAUGCAUGUUAGUGUACAUUUCAAUAUGGUAGGUUUCCUUUUCAGUGGCUGUACCCGUCCUGGAUAUUGUACGUGACCUUUGUAAACGUCGAGGCGGGACGUAGCCCAGUGUUAAAGCGCUCGCUCGAUGCGCGGUCGGUCUGUGAUCGAUCCACGUCGGUUGGAACAUU